AUGUCUUACGGCACCGCGACCUCUCAGCGGGGUCCUUCACAUACCCUGACCUCGCUCAAGCGUUGGUCAGUCGCGACCAGAGAACUCCCAGAGCUAAUUGGUGUACGGGAUUUAGCCGUCUCACAAAUCAAGGCCAUUCAUGUCUACGACUUCGACAAUACUCUGUUCCUGAGCCCUCUCCCCAACCCGCAACUAUGGAACGGCUCGACCAUCGGGUUCCUACAGGCCUGGGAGAGCUUCGCAAACGGCGGGUGGUGGCAUGACCCUAACAUUCUCACUGCUACCGGCAAGGGUAUCGAGGUCGAGGAACCAAGAGCUUGGAAUGGUUGGUGGAACGAGCAAAUUUUGCGCUUGGUUAAAUUGAGCAUGGAUCAAAAGGAUGCACUGACCGUGCUCUUGACGGGUCGAGGUGAAGCCAACUUCGCAUCUCUCAUCAAGCGCAUGGCAACCAGUCAAAAACUGGAGUUUGAUCUCAUCGGGUUGAAGCCAGAAGUUGGGCCAAAUGGUCAACAGUUUGCAUCGACCAUGAAAUUCAAACAGAAUUUCCUUGAGGACCUUGUUUACACUUACGACCAGGCUGAUGAGAUUCGGAUCUACGAGGACCGUGUGAAGCACGUGAAAGGAUUCCGAGACUUCUUUGGCACGUUGAACCGGAGCUUGCAAGCUGGCCAUGGCCCGGUACCUCGAAAGCCCCUCAAUGCUGAAGUCAUCCAGGUUACCGAGGGAUGCACAUACCUUGAUCCUGUCACUGAAACUGCCGAGGUGCAGCGAAUGAUAAACUCCCACAACCUUUCCCGCCGCAACUCGUCCUUGGCAAAGGUCAAGUCACGAUACUCACGGCUGCGCAUCAAACGCACGGUAUUCUACACAGGCUAUCUCAUCUCUCAACAGGAUUCACAGCGCAUCAUUGAUGACCUACUGAGUCCAAUGUUGCAGCAUACAGAGUCAAAUGACCUGAAGUACAUGGCUAACAGCAUUCUGAUCACUCCACGCCCUGCCACUCAGUCGAUUCUGGGUAAAGUUGGAGGCAUGGGGAAGAAAUUAAGCUGGCAAGUGACUGGACUGGGAGUGUUUGAGAACAAGGUUUGGGCAGCUCAAGUAGUGCCCAUGCCAUCAAACGAACCCGUUCACACGGAGAAUCACACGCCAUUGAUCGUUCUGGCUUGCCGCAGAGGAUCUCGUCCGGCCGAUGCAGGCAAGAUUCAUAAUUGGCAACCUAUUCCAGCCGGACUGGCCAUAGCGAUUGACACAGUCGUCGGGGAGAAGGUCGUCUUGCGAGUUGAGGAAGACAAUCCGUACGACGGCGAGUGGGACAGCCAAAAUGUCAACAGAAGCCAUAAGAGACGCCAUCAGCAGGAACGCGAUGAAGAUAUUCUUUACCCUCACAUAAGCCAUGGCAGCGGUGGCUAUGAAGCCGUGAACCAAGGACAGACACAUGGUUAUCACCCAUACCAGCGUCCAGCCGGUGAUAAUCGACACUCCAACGAUGAAAGCUCCCGGCGAGGUUCUCACCGAGGUCGCGGUCGUGGAACUGGCCGGGGUCGAGGCUCUGCUCGUGGAGGUCGUGGACGUGGUCGUGGGGGUCGCGAUGGUGGCUCUAAUCCGUACUACAAGUCUCUUGAUGACCAGGGCAUUGGCGGGUACGAUGGACCUCACGACAAGGGUGGCAAUGGAGGCGGAGGCUUCCCAAUGGACUACUAA